AUGCCCGGAAUUCUUCCCAUGAAGGUCAUCAAGGUGGGCACCAGCUCUCAGAGCAGGAUUGCCCAGGCUUGUGAUCGCUGCCGGAGUAAAAAGAUCCGUUGCGACGGAAUCCGCCCUACCUGUUCCCAGUGCGCCAACGUCGGCUUUGAGUGCCGGACAAGCGACAAGCUCAGCCGCCGCGCCUUUCCCCGUGGCUACACCGAGUCCCUGGAGGAGCGAGUACGACAACUAGAGGCCGAAGUGAGAGAGCUCAAGGACCUGCUGGACGAGAAGGAUGAGAAGAUCGACAUGCUUUCCAAGAUUCACGGCAACCGGAGAAGCCCUUCAAUGCCCGCCAGCAGCCCGGCGGCCAUGGACACCCGGAGUGACGCCCAGCCCACAAAGGAGGAUACAUUCAGAGUUCAGGCCGCGCCGUUGUUGCUCGGCGUUGAGAACUCUGAUUCUUACUUUAUGGGUGCUUCUAGUGGCCGCACAUUUAUUGAGCAAUUCAAGCGCAAGAUCCAGGAGGCUGGCAAGCCCAGCACUGAGUUCAACCCAGAGGCUUUCCUGCACAUCCAGGGCUGCAAGUCCCUCAGCCCCAAGGCUCCUGAGCAGUCACUCAAGGUUCCUCCUCGUCUGUUCUCUGACCGCUGCGUCAACGUCUACUUCCAAGAAUGGGCUCCCCUCUUCCCUGUCCUUCACAAGCCCACCUUCCUGCACGUCUAUGAGGAGUUUGUUGCCGAUCCCGAGAAGGUCAAGAGCAAUCACAAGCUCGCCCAGCUCUACCUCGUCUUCAACAUUGCCGGCCUCUCAUCAGAUGCUCCUGAUCUUCCUCAGCUGGCUGCCUGCGAGCAGCAAUGGCGCAAGGCCCUCGACGCCGUCCUCAUGGAGAACACCAUGAACACUCUGCAGUGCCUCACCCUUGCUCUCCUCUACUGCACCAUGCGCGCCGACUACAAGCGCCUCCAGCACUACAAGGGCAUUGCCAUCGGCCUGUCGCACCGCCUCGGCCUGCACCAGAGCCAGAAGCGAUUCUCGUUUGGUGCCCUGACCAUUGAGACUCGCAAGAAGGUCUUCUGGACUCUCUACACCCUUGACUGCUUCUCGGCUGCCAUCCUCGGUCUUCCCAAGCUCCUCAAAGAGGAGGAUGUCCAGGCCGAGUACCCCUGCGACACUGACGAUGAGUACGUCACCGAGAAGGGUUUCCAGCCCACUCUCCCUGGCGAGUACACUCGGCUGUCCAGUGCUCUGGCCCUGUUCCGCGCUACCCGCAUCCUCGCCAAGGUGCUUGAGAAGAACUACCCUGCUGCCACCUCUUACGAGAUGUCGCUGCAGCAGAUGGCAGCCCUCGAGAGCGAGCUUGAUGCCUGGUACGACCAGCUGCCUGCUCAUCUGAGACUCAACUUUGUCCAAGACAAGCCGUCUACAGAUGUGACCGGCAGCCGCUCACCUCUCCUGGCCCUGGCUUACUACUACAUCCGCACACUCAUCUACCGCCCCGCCGUCGGCUCCAGCCUGGGACCCAAGGCGGCCUCGGCACUCAUCUCGAUUGGCACCUCGAGCAAGCACAUUAUUCAGAUUAUUCAGCUGCUCGAGGAGCGCAGCAUGACAUUCUCAUUCUGCCUGAACCGGUCCGACCUCCUGGUUGUUUGCGGCAUGACACUGCUGUACCACUCAAUCGACCUCAAGCACGACAGCAAGCUGAUGCGCGACAAUGAGCGGCUGGUGAACUCUGUGGUCCGGAUCCUGGACAAGACCAAGGCCACUGGCUCGGUCGACUUCAAGCGUGUGGCUAGCAUGCUGGUGACUCUGGAUGAGACUGUCGGCUCGCCCAUGCACACUUCACGUGAGGCGUCGAUGCCGGCCGCCCCCGCCUCCAACCGAGGGUCGCCGCCUGCGGGUGUGGCCCCCAAGAAGAAGAGCGCCACCGCCUACCCCCUCGGUCAGCUCCCGGGGGCCGCGGCUAGCGACAGCAACUUGAUGGACCAGCAGGAGAAAUUGAGGCGCAUGACGAUGCCCACCGGUGCCGGCCAGCGACCAGACUUUUACCGUUCCCGAUCCCGCCAGUCUUUUGACAACCUGCAGACCGAGGUUCCCAUGAGCCACCGAGACCACCGCAUGUCCCUGUCGCAGAUCUCGCCGAACCCCGGCCACAAGGCUUCACCUCUAUCCCGACCCAACCUGGACUUCAUGCCCUUCGGCCACCCCUCGCAGUCGCCGCAGCCUGCAUCGCCCCAGCAGAACCGCGCCCACUCCCACUCUGGACAGACACCCCAGGCCAACCCCAUGAUGGCGCACUCCCCUGUGGCUUCGGCAAAGAUGCACGGAGUUUCAACCACCGAGUGGGAGACGCUCCUGGGCUCGUUGGAUGGUGGCAUGAACAAUGUCUACGAUGCCAUCUACGGUGGACAGGGACUGGUGAACGAGGCAUCGAUCGCCGUCAGCAACUGCGGUGACUGGCCCCCGGACAACUGGGACCUCAGCGGCUUCAGCAUCGGCGACUUUGGCAACAACCCCCAGCCCCCGCAGAGCGUUCUCAGCAUGAGCGACGAGAGCCUCAGCUCGGGUGAGGAGGUUGGGCCCUCUGAGCUCGGCCUCAGCGUGGAGAAUGUCGACUACCGCAACCAGAUGAUGGCACAGCAGCAGCAACAACACAACCCUGAAGGAUACAUGCUUGAUAACCGGAUGGAGGCGUUUCCCAUGUAA